UUCUUCACACAAUCCGAAUUUCACUCAGAAAAUUCAACUCCAAAAUUUUCUGGACAUCGAUCGAUCGAUCGAUUGAUAGUCGAAUACCUAAUCGAAGAUGUCUGCGUGCAGCAAAAUCCGCCACAUUGUUCGUAUUCGCCAAAUGCUCCGCCGGUGGCGGAGGAAGGCAGCCAUGGCCUCCCGCGGCGCGCCGUCCGACGUCCCCGCCGGACACGUGGCGGUGACGGUGGGAAGCAGCUGCAGGCGGUUCGUGGUUCGGACGACGUACCUUAACCAUCCUCUGUUUAAGAAACUGCUGGUUCAGGCCGAGGAGGAAUACGGAUUCAGCAACAACGGACCUCUGGCGAUCCCCUGCGACGAAUCGCUGUUCGAGGAGAUUCUCCGGUACUUGGCGCGAACGGAUUCGAGUAUCGCCAAUCACUCGCCGCUGCUCAUGAGCUUCGAAGACUUCCAGAGAUAUUGUCUCAGAGGUAACCUCGAUUUCUGGCCCGAUUCGCGGCCGCUUCUGCAUGGAGCUCCGGAUAACUCCAUCUGCUAAAUGGACCGGGUUCCGGAUCCUAACCCGCCCGCGUAGGCCAUACGCUUGAUUCUCCGUGGAAUCAGUAAAUUCUUCAUUGCUAUUUCAAUCUUCUUCGUUUCGAUUUUGCAAUUGGUGUAUAAAUUUGGAGAGUUGGGGGUCAGCGAGUCACUGAGUUGGUCCGGAGAAUGUGAAGGUGAUGGCAAGCAGGUGGACGAGUCACCACCGAGUCGUCCCGGGUUCGGAUCGGAGCUGCAGCCAAUAAACAAAUUAACCGUCUGCUCAAUCAGAUGGAUUAUUCAAAUAAUUACAGAGGUACGAAAUGAUCGAUCGUCUCUGAUGUAAGUUGAAAAUGGGGAUCGAAUUUUUUUGAAGGAAAGGAGACUGUAGCAGAGGAAUUAUUUUUAUUCAAAAGCUAAACACCAGCUUGAAAUUUCACUCUGGAUUAUUUUUCUAAUCUUGUUUUGUAGUCUGUACAAUAAUAAAAAAAAAUAAAAUUGUAUCUUUAUUGCAAAUAAAGUACCUCCCAGAUGGCCUUCAUUUCUGGCAUCUGAUUCCACGUCGUAUUUGGUCGUUAAUU